AUGUCCGCCAUGGCAGCUGUUUUGCAAACGCUGGUCGUCCCACGCGCCUCCGCUGUUCCGUCGGCGUCCCUGGCUCCGGCGGACGGAUCCUCCGUUUCUAUCCGUGGCUCCCUCGGGUUCUCGGGUUUCAGAGGGGUUAAGGUCCUGACAGCGCGGUCAACGGCUCCGGUGGGGUCGAGAUCGAAGCUCGGCCGCUUUGGUGGACGAAUUGUCUGUGAGGCACAGGAAGCAGCUCUCGAAGUGCCUGCCGUUACUGAUGCCAACUGGCAGUCCAACGUGCUUCAGUCCGAUUUGCCCGUUUUGGUCGAAUUCUGGGCUCCUUGGUGUGGGCCAUGCCGCAUGAUCCACCCGGUGGUCGAUAAACUGGCCAAACAAUAUGCAGGGAAACUGAAAUGCUACAAAGUCAACACAGACGAGAGCCCCUCGGUUGCUACUCAGUACGGGAUUCGGAGCAUCCCUACCGUCAUAAUAUUCAAAAACGGAGAGAAGAAAGAAGCAGUCAUUGGUGCAGUCCCCGAGACAACAUUGAUAACCUGCAUCGAAAAAUUCUUAUGA